AUGAAUCAUAAAAACCAUAACUUGGAAAAUACUAACGAUGCCAUAUGCCGUGACAAUAAACAAAAUGAUACUGCUGGUAAAAAACCCUUGCUAUCUUUCAAUGAUCGCCCCACUAGCUUUGCACAAAUCAAUAAUAUGAAUCUAAUUGAUGUAACUGCAGUUUUUGAUAAUUUAUGCAAAGAUUUACCUGCCAGAGCAAUUAUCAAAAGCUCAGAAUUUGAUUUAUUUGAAGGCACCCAUUCACUAGAAGUCCAUAAUGAAAAACUAGAUUCGAGUAUGAUAAAUUUAACUGACAAAGAAGUACUAUUUGAUUGUAAUAUACCAUACGGGGAAUCAGAUGAAGAUAAAUUAAAAAUUGUAAGCGGUAUAUGUGAUAGAUUAGUUCGCUCAAUUAUUUCAUGGCUAAGUGAUUAUCAAAUAUUACCCAGUACUGUGCUUAGCUGUAGGUAUAUUGAACAUAUCUUAGUCGAGUCUGAAUCACAUGACAAAAUUAGGAAGUUAGAAUCAGGGCAUUUUCUUUAUGAUGAAGUUUUAAGCAGCUGUGUAAUUAGUGUCGCAUACUUCGCCAAAUUUGUAUUAGAAUUACUAAAAUCAGGUGUUAUUUAUGAAGAAGAAGAUUUGAAUUUCCAUACAAUGGGAUUAAAUUUCUUUUCAUAUAUUAACAAUUCGAACGAAAUUCAAGAAUCCCUAAAUAAAAGUAUCACUCUAUUGAGAGAAUCAUCUUUAGCCGCAGAUUUUUUGAUUGAUUUACUAAAUUUACUUAAUAAUUUGGUUCAAAUAAAAACUCACAUAACAGAAUAUUCAACAAGUACAGAUCAUUUGGAAUCCUUAAAAGAAAUUGCUUUAACACUAAGCAAAAAACAGCCAUUAAAUUUCCCAGAAAUUGAAGGUGCAUUUACCAUGGGAAUUCAGAAAAGAAUGGAUAAUCCUUUUCCUCCAAGAGAUUUGGUUGUACCCCCAAGUAAUAACUAUAUCAACUUUGUAACAUUGGCUGAUGACAUUGGAUUAAUUUUAAAAGUAGCCCAAUCUGAAUCAACAAUUGAAAUAUACCAAUUUUCAAAGUUCUUUAAUAAAUUGACACAACGACACGUCCUUGCAAGAGCAAUCUUUCCAUUAUUUUUGAUAAGAAAUGACCAGACAAUUCUUGGCACAAUGAGAAUAGAUGAAUUCGUUCGGUCACAUAUUGAAGAGUUUUCAUUAUUUGCAACUAAUAAAGAAGAAGAUUACGUCCAAUAUGAUUCUGGUAUCAAAAUUGAAGAGGCACUGCAAGAAGGAAUUAACGUCAUAUUUGAAAUGUAUCAGAAUUUUUCACAAAACACCUGCAGGUAUGCUCAAGGUUUCAAUAGGCAAGUUAAAUUAUGGGAUUCAUUACAGGCUCAUUUUGAAGAAGCAGAAUAUGCUAUUACUGCUGAAGGAUUGAGUGAUAAAAUUGAAGAAACUAACAAUGAAUUUUACCCUUAUGCAGUCUGGGCUUAUUGCAUGAAGUUAAAAAUAAUGUGCGACUUAUUAUUAAAGGGGUUUGACUUAGAAUUAUAUAAGCCAAAUGAAAUUUGCUUUUUGUUUUGGUAUAUAUAUUACUUGCAGUUUCAUUUACAAGCCUGUUUGAAAGAUAUUGACAAAUUUAUUAGCGCUAAAAUUGCUCAUAUUAAUAAUAUGCCAAAAAGAAUCAAAAAAGUAAAAGCUGGCCCAAAGAAAGAAAAGUUGAAGACUGAAUAUCAAAUCAUAAAAGAGACUAAAUUACCACAAUUGAAAAGUAAUUUAGCAUAUGUGAAAUAUCUGCUAAAAGAAACUAUUAUUAUGCAGUCCUUAGCUAACAUUGAAAUUUUCCAAUUUAUUUUAUUUAAAGAACGAAAAUUAGUGGAUAUGGAGUAUAAACUAUCUGAUACUAUGAGGUUCACAAAUCAACAACUAAUGCAUAAUCUCAGAUUCAAACCAUUUUCUUCUAUAGCAGCCCCAGAACUGUUUAAUUACGAAGGAUUUUUAUCAAAUCUAACGUGGAUUGAUGAAUAUCAAUCAUUAGGAGGUGAUCAGGGCAUAAUGAAUAGAAUAAACUUAGAACUUGGAACUAUUAAUGUAGAAGUACAGAAUAUAUUAGAUGAGAUCUCAAAUUGUGCCGAAUCCGUAGAUAAUGAAAUAUAUACUGGGACUAGAUUAGUACAAGAGGAGGCAAUGGAGUAUUACAAGGGGAUUCAAUUAGCCGCGAAGGCCAUCAAGAUUAGUAUGAGUGUAUCCCUAGCUAAGAUGAAUAAGGAGAAAGAUCCUUCCGAGCUAAAAAAUCUAUAUAGACUACAACUGACACAUGCAGAGACGGGUUCCACUUAUUUCCCACUGAUGACUCUAUCUCCUAAAACUCACUGGACAAAGCAGGAUAUACAAACCUCUGUAUAA